AGCCCUAUGUUCCACUAGGAACCCUGAGGGAACAUUAAUAAAAAUAAUAAAUAUUGGUGAUAAACAUUUAGCCAAUUCAUAUAUUAUGAAAUCUCUGAAGAGAUUUAUUUCACCAGGUUAUAUGAACCUGGAAAAAAGACACCCAUCCUAAUUGUAUUACCAAUUUCAAACUACUAACAUUCUAUCGAAAACGAUGAAAUACGAGCGGCAGCACUAUUUAUAGGUUCUUAAAUUCUAUUCAUGAAGGUUUUUCAACCUCAUGAAAAGAUUUUCCUUGGACAGAUAUUCUUUAACAUGCUUAAAUUAUUUUAGCAUCGCUGCAGCUUUUACUGGUUUGGCUUUAUCAGAUUUGGUGAUUAGCACCCCGCUAUCAUACAAUAAAUCUUUAAAAGCAGGUAUUUCCGAAUAUGCUAAGUUCCUUCCGGCUUUAUAUUUUAGUCUUGAAAGAUAUUCAGUAGCCAACAUUUUUAAUAAGUCCGCUGCUACUUCCACUUGAGAGUUUCAGUCAAUCUGCAGUUAUGUUGCAGUACAGUGCUUCCACAUCAGUCGUUGAAAUUACUUAGCCUCCAUUUACUUCUACUAAAAUUUGAUAAUUCUCACCGCUCACUUUCUUCCCGGUCUCAUAUUUCUAUUUCUGUUUUACUUCCAGUAUGCGGGUAGCUCACUUCAAAAUUAUUUAGAAUAGCAGAAGUCUUGAUACAAAGAAUAUAUCACGCAGAAAAUUACCUGCAUGCAAGAAUAAAUAUUUUAUCAAGCUUCAGUUGCCUAUAUUAUAUAAGUCCAAACCAAUCGCACUUUUAACAGUUUGAAAACACUUGGGCAGUUGGUUUAUGAUAUUCAUUUAUUAUAGACGUUUUUGUAUUUCAAUGAAUAAAGAAAACGAUAUUGUUUUUUUUUACUACAAUAUCGUUUUGUUGGUCACUCAUUGGGAAAUACAAAAACUUCCGUUGUCUAUAUUAUCUGAUUCAAAGAAUUUAUUAUUGCACAAAAAAGUAUCAUAUUACUUUUUUACCGCUUAUCGCAAUCAAAAGCAAGAUAAUCAGACAAGAAUAACUCAUUGCAGAUAAUGCGAUCUGAAGCUGAACAUCAAUUCAUAAAACAAUAAGAGAGAAUGUGUCACCACUAGAAGCUGGUUGCAUUAUGCUUUUCAAGCGAGUAUUCUGUACAUCACUGAACAAGUCGAAGAAUGCCAUAAUCGGUAAUAUCAUCAGUCAUGCGCAAAUCGUUUCUAUGAGGCGUAAUUUGGCUAAAACAUCUCUCCAGUCCCAAAACUACAUCUAACUCAAUCUAUCCAGCAUUCAUACUAACAAAAAGUUCUCAUGUGAUUUAGAAAAUCUUGUCAAAUAACAGUAAAUUUAGUUAUUAUAUAUGCACACCACAAAUGAAAACACUUUAAAGAACUCAAUGUGAUGUAUGGAUUUUUACUUUGGGGUUAAUGUGCUUCAUGUAGAGUAAAAUUGUGACUUUUUUUAAAUGCUUUAGAGAGGUAUACUCAACUUUAUAUGUAUAUAUAUAUAUAUAUAUAAUUGAUAGCAGUAUUUAUGUAAUGCUGAAAUACUGCAAAAGUAGCUUACAACUCCAAUCAUUUUGAUGCAAAAUAGAAUAUGUGAGUGGGUGUUAUCUAAGUUAAGCAUAGAGUUUAGAUAUAAAUGAGCUAUGAUUAGCUAAGUGUGUCUAGAAUAGAAGUUUAUAUAAAACAUUAAAAAGAAACUAUUCAUUUAAUGUCAUCUCAGUGAUUAUCUUCUUCUCUAUAGUUGAUAAUAAAAAGUUAUAAUAUCAUUUGAGUGUAUUGCAUAUGUAUACUCAUCUAUGUUGUAUGACAUACAGAAUAACAGUGAAGGCAUAAAAGAUCACUUGGUCCGAUUUAAUGAUGUUAUCAACAAAAAUAUAAGAAAUGACCAGGAUUUUAUUGAAUCUCAUUGUAAGCGAUGUGAAGAGCCAUUUACGCAUGAUGAAAACAUCGUUUCUGUGAGAGAUGGAGUCUAUCAUCCAACGUGUUUUGUAUGUGCACAGUGUUUCCAGCCUUUGUCAAACAAAGAGUUUUAUGAGUUCGAGGGUCGUAGGUACUGCAAAUAUGAUUUUCAAGUAUUAUUUGCACCUUUCUGUUUUAAAUGUGGUGAAUUUAUAAUGUCAAAAGUUGUGAAAGCGAUGAGUCGAAGUUGGCAUCCAGAAUGUUUAAUCUGUGAUGAAUGUGGAGUUCAGCUUGUUAGCAAAGGCUUUCAGCGACAUAAAAGUAGGAUUUUAUGUAAAGACUGCUGGCCUGUUGUGUGUCAAGAGUUGGUGGGAUGUCAUAUCUGCCAAACUUGUAACAAACCAAUUGAAGUUGACAGACAUAUCAAGUACAUGGGUGAUUUCCAUCAUCCACAUCACUUCCACUGUUUCGACUGCAAAGAAGAACUCGGUCCAGAUGCACAUGAACGUGGAGGUGAACUGUAUUGCUUAAGAUGUUUCGGUCGAUCUGGUAUACCAAUAUGCUGCGCAUGCAGACGUCCAAUAGAAGGACGGAUAGUUUGGGCACUUGGAAAAGUUUGGCAUGUCGAACAUUUUGUAUGCCAUCAUUGUGAAAUACCGUUUAUGGGCAGCCGCUUUUAUGAAUGGCAAGGGCAUGCUUAUUGUCUUCUCCAUUAUCAGUCUAAAAUUGGAAGUAUUUGUCAUAUUUGUACAAAACCUGUUACUGGUAUACUGGCCAAAUUCACCAAUAAAAUCUACUGUCCUGAACACUUCCGGUGUUCAUUAUGUGAUAGAAAACUAGAUGAAAAAUCUAAACUAUAUGAAAUCGAUUUGAAACCGGUAUGCAAAGAAUGUUAUGACAAACUGCCAAUGCACUGGAAAAAGACUCUGGCAAAAAUUCAUCGAACAGAUAGACAAAAGUGGAGUGAUUAAAAGCUUAUAUAUAUAUAUAUAUAUAUAU